GCUCGGUGCAGCAGGCGUUGCAGUUGGUGUUUCCUAACGCACCCUGGCUUCCUGUCGGAGAGUCGAUAAGCGUACGGCCCGAACACAGGGCAAACAAGCAGCUGAAACGGUCCGCAAAUCGUCUUCUUCUUCUUCUUCGAAACGUCCCUCGGAGUGUUCGGUUGAGCAGCUGACGGAGGUGGAUGAUCCUAGCCCCGACCCAGCCAAGCUUCGUCUGCAACACGCGUCUCCCGUACGCAGCUCCGCCUCGGCAACAAAAAUACCGUCAAGUCCCCCCUUCCUUUCUCGCCGAUGGCUUCAACGACCGAGGCCAUCCACCCGCCAACAGCCCCCGUAAUCUUCCAAUGCGCCUCCUGCCGUACAAUCAUCGGCGACUCCUACGCUCACAUCACCUCCCACAUCGACCUCAACACCUUUACCCUCUCCUCCGCACCCAACAUCACCAUCCGCGAACCAAUCCUGUUGUCAACAGACGAUGAGAGCGCGGAUAAGGGAUGUACGUACUCAGAGCUGGCGUGUGCAGGGUGUGAAGCGACACUCGGAAAGAUGUAUCGCACGACAUUGAGGACAUUGGAUGAGAUCCGGGAUAUGUACACGAUUUCGUUACCGGCUGCGACACUCUACGAAGUCGGAACGACAAACUCGAACGUGGACAUACCACAAGGCGCGUCCGGGACGUAUUUACUCGACAAAUUGACGAAACUCCAAUCAUUGGUCGUCGCACUGCACGAACGUCUCGAAUCACUCGAAUCACAACCCCCAUCCCUCCACCAAAAUGGGAAUCACGACCCACAACACCUCCUACCACCCGCACAAGUCACCGAAUCAACAACCAUGCCCGCACCAACCCGCCCAAUCCCCCGACACGCACCCAUAAACGGCUUCCACCCCAAUCCAGAAGCGGACGAGUUCGAUGCCCAAGGCCGCUCGAAACGGCGAAGAACACUGGUGCAGUAUCCAGCCGACCAGCCAACCCCCGCAGACCUCGAGUUACCACCCCUCCAAUACACUGAACACCAUCCACAGCACUACCUUCACCCAGAUCACGCAGUAGAAGGAGAUACGCGAAUGGAGCACGGAAGAGAAGACUACUACGCCAACCCCCCUCACCGCCCUCAACCCCUCCCACCGCACCAACAACACCAACCACACCCACAAUCCCCACCCCGCGAAAUCCGCCGCGGACCGGGUCGACCGCGGAAAUCUGAGGCGGCGAGAGUGGUUCCGGGGACACCGAGAGGAACAGGGAGGGGACCGGGGAGGCCGAGGGGGAGUACGUUGCAGAGACGGCAGAUGGGGUUAUAGGAGGUUUGAUCGGAAGGUGUUUAGCGUUGUUUGAUGGCGUUUUCUUCAAUGACACGGUAGAUUUCGAAAUGCCAUUUCAUAAGGUGCAGAGACGAAUCAGAGUGGAUGUUGUGGUCCAGAAAAAAGGGCAUUCCUAGGUAAAAAGUCAAAUGGUAUAUGGAGAUUCCUACGACUCCUUAUUAUCAAUCAUUUCCCUAUCUAUCCCCAUCAACCCCUCACAGAGACUUGUUCAUAAACCUCUUCUUCGAAAAUGCCAUCCACCACUUACUCGGCGCACCCCCCUCCCCCCCCUCAUAAACCUUCAAAAUCAACCUCUGCCCCAACUCCUGCCUAAACUGCCCCAAAUACCCCUUCAACAACUCUCCCUCGCUCCUCCCCGCCGGUGGAGCAAACAUCCCAUUCAUCGGGAACCCAGGCUCACCGGGAAUCGUAAACUGCUCCAACGCCAACGAGUUUAGAGAUUUAACGGCUUCGGA